AGGGGCGUGUCUGUUAACUAUCUGCAUAGGUAACUGCAUAAACUGACCAGACAAGUCUUAUCUAUCAGAACAUAAAACCAAUAAACCACGAUGGACUACAUACAGUUUAUUUUUUGUGUGUUGGCCAUCAGCCGGACAAAGGGGGCCUCCGUACAAGUAUUCCCCAUCGAGACGACAUUUUCGUCUACAGGCCACCACAGAACGACAACAGAGAGCGAUGUCAGUGGAGAUAAGACCUCGCAGAGUCCAGGUCAACACAGGAAGACAACAGGAAGCGGCGACAGUGGAGAAAUAACCUCGCGGAGUCCAGACCCAUGCCCCGACGGUUGGGUCACGUGCCAGGAGAACGGGCGGUGCGAGCCGUUUAGCGCACUAUGCGGAGAUGCAGGUAUAGUGACCGUGUUGACAUACCCGCCCUCCCAGACCGAGGCGACCACGACGACCGAGGCGACCACGACUGGCCAGUGGUCAGUGGAGGUGAAGACUGUAACCGGUGGGGGGAGUGCCCCUUCAUCUACAGAGCAAGUGACACAACCUGAACUGACGACAACGGUCACGGUGCCUAUCAUAACAGACUCAAACGGAAACCAGGUGUGCACGUCCGGGUGGGAACAGUGUGCCGACGGGACCUGCGAGCCAUUUCACUGGAUGUGUACGGAACAUGGCGGGAAUUACACAUUUACAAGGCCUCCCACCAGCCCCCACCCGGAUACAGACGCGCCACCCCCAACAACAACAACAACAACAACAACACUUUCGCCGACAACCACUGAUUUACCUGUUACUGUGACAGUAAUACCAGGUACGGACGGCACGUGCUUGCACGGGUGGGAGCUGUGUGAGGAUGAGACAUGUGAGCCCUACCAUUGGAUGUGUAUGGAACAUGGUGGAGCCUCGAUUGUGAUUGGCUGACGAGGACGGAAUCUCUGCGGCGAUUGGUUGACGAUAUUGAUUUAUGGGCUUGUUACGUUUGUAUUAGCAUGGGAUUUGUUGUAACAGGGAUUUAACAUCAUACAUAGCUCACCAUCACGA